GUUUAUAGAGGGCGCUCUCAUUGCGAUACGCAGGCAAUGUACACAGUUGAGUAGUAAAGAAAUCAUGGCGAAAGACCAUGACUGGGAAUUACAAACCGCGAGUAUUUUGUGGAUUUUAGUGUUGUUUUUUGGAAUAUCAUGCAGUGAUGCAACGAAGACAUAUUACAUGACAGGAAGUGACUGUGACCAGAGGGUAGUGUUGGGUGGUGCAGUGGUUCAUUCGCAUAAUAAAAAUUUAUCAAUAUCUUACUCAGACAAUAUCAAUUGUAAAUUGACGUUUCAAGCGCAGAAUAGUGAGUGGAAAUUAAUGUUACGGGUAGAAGAAAUGGAUAUUCUUGAUCGUCAAGGGAAUGGGAUAUGUAAUGAUGCAUUAUAUGUGUCAAGUUCAGAAAAUAUAUUAAGAGACACUAUGGAAGAAGCAGGGGGUAACAAUGGUUUAUGUGGUACCACCCGGCCAUCUACCAUUUACUCAACUGGCCAGUAUUUAACAGUGCAGUUUAGAACUGACAAGCCCAAGUCUCCUUCUCGCUUUAGCAAAAUGGACCGCAAAGGAACGGGCUUCACAUUCAUCAUAACAGCUUAUAGCGAUGAGUUCAGGAAAUCCCAGUCCUGUGGUUCCAGUUUUCAGUGUGAUAACCAGAAGUGUAUAGAGCCCGAGCUGUCAUGUGACCGCGUGGACAACUGUGGGGACUACAGUGAUGAGUCUCCAGGGGGACCUGCACAGUGCGGCAAGCAAAUCAACCACAGCUUCAUUUUUGACAUGUUCCUGAAAUGGGGCGUUGCUGGAUCCGUGGGCAUCUUCGUAGGCAGUCUGAUUAUCAUCAUCUUCUGCACAAUUGCACUGGUUUGUACUUGCCGCAACACGGUUUGCCGCAAGGCCGUCGCAGGCAGCUCAAACGGUGCGCCCGUCGGCACCACGCCAACCCUGACCAAUGGGGGACCAGGCUCGAUCCACGGUAGCGUGCAUGGAAGUCACCAUGGCAGCCAUAUUGGUAAUGGCCACGUGCAAGCCCCCAUAGAUAGAGGAGUGGGCGUGCCCCACCCGAUGCCAGGCCCGGGGAUCUUCAACAGCCCGACGGCCCAGGGCUACUACCCGAUGCACCCUGUGUACCCCUCACCCCAUGGGUCCGUAUACUCCGCUCACACUCAGAACUCAGCAUUCACAAGAGACUCGGGGUUUGCGCCCAACCAGUUCGGCUACUCGAGUAGCGUGUAUUCAUCUCAGGCCCCCUCGUAUAUUCGUUCUCACACCCCCACUAGCAGCAAGUCUGGGAAAUCACAUCAUUCAAAUAAUAGUGUCACUUAUACUCAUAACACAGACAAAGUCAUGGUGAAUCUAUGAAAAACCUGUUGUUUUUGUAUUUCUUCAUUUGUGUAAUAUUGUAAGUAAGCAUUUCUUCCUGAUUUAUUUGUGUUUGUAAUGUUGACACCAACACAAUGACAUUUUCAGGUGAAUUGAUAGUAACAAUGACGAGAGGCAUGAAAUGUUUUAGUAAGAUUUAAUUUUAAGUGAACAAUUGUGAUGAUUAAAUUUACCCUCUUAUGAUUGGCUUUGACUUUUUUAAAGUUUUAAUCUUAAAUUUCAUGAACCUUAUAUGUACAUAGUUAUGAUACAGAUAAACAAGGUUUGAGAUUAAUUUAGAAUAAUAUAAUGGUACAUUUCUGUUCAUUUAAUAGAAAAUUAAUGUAGGCAAAAUAUGAUUUUAGUGUAAAAAAUCUUUCAACAAAUAAUCAAUUCACUAUUGUUAAACAUAUUAUAUUUUUCUAAUGACACUUUUAAGUCAAAAAUAUGUGUAAAUAAUAUGUUUAUUAUUUAUAGAUUUUCAUCUUAUCAUUUUUGCCAUUUGAUGAUAUAGUUUUAAUAUGUUUAAAUAUUCAUUCUUCACAUACUCUGUUGUUGAAUUUCUAAAUUUAAGGUAUACUGUUAGGUCAAUGCAAACUGUACAAUAUCAUAGUAUAAUGCUAUGAACACUUUAUAAAGCACAUGUUUGCACUGGGCCCAUGGUCAUAAUCAUGUAUUAACUAUACUUUUUUUAUAUUACUUAGUCUUUAAACCGAAAAUCAAAGAGCCAUAUUGCUAGUCAUUUAUUUUGAAGCAUAGACAGAUAUUACAUGUGAACAUUCUUUAGCCAUAAUGCUAUUGAACCAAUUUGAUGUUAUUAUGUGAUUGAACAAUACUUGUGUUGAAAGGAUGUAGAGACCAUGCAAUUCAUAAAACUUUUUUAAAAAUAUGGGCGCAUGCUCGUUUAAAACCUAUAAAGUGAAGUAAAUAAACUUUUGUUUUUCUUUCUUCCUUUGUUAAAACUACAUAGUGCUGUUAAUAAGAAUUGUUGUUGGUUGAACCUACAUGCUCCUUUUCUUUGAAAUGUUGGUGCUAGUAUUUAUAAAGAUUACCAACACAUUUUUUUCCAUCUGACUUGCCCUUUGGGUCGCAAUAAAUUGUACUAUAUUUGAGCUGCUUCACAAUAAAACCUAUCUUAAUGAUUCUGUUUAUGUAUAUAUGCAUUGUAUUGUUGUAGUUUUCUUACCAAACCUAAUUAAAUAUUAUCAUGGCUUCUUUGUGUUGCUAUGACGAAGCAGGCAUGUGCACCAAUCACACGAUCAAAAUGUUGAUUUUCAUAGUGGGAUUGGUCUCAGAUGUCGUUAAAACAUGUUGUCAUGGGGAUGUACAUGGUUUAGAGUGAAACAGCUCUUGUUUGUUUGAAUUCAUAACUUAUUAUAGAUAUGUUUGCAUUUGUAACUUAGCUUUUCUAUUUGUUUUAGUUGAUGUUAAUCAAGUUGCAUAAUGAAAUGACAGGGUAAAGAUUUCAUUUUUUGUAUUCGGUAUGAUUAUAGUAAUGUCCUACAUGGAAAAUAGUCAAUUGUAAGAUGAGGAACAUAAUUUUAAAGUUGUUUUUCUUGAUCAGAAGCUUUUCUGUUUGUUAUACGAGCCUUGCUUUGCUAAAACUGGCCUUAAUGCAUGUUGGUAAAGUGUUGUCUCAGAUUAGCCUGUGCAGACUGCAAAGGCUUAUCAGGGACAAAAUUUUUGUUUAGAAGAGACUCUUAAUACCACAAAUUCCAUAAAAGCGGUAAGUUUCGUCUCUGAUUAGCCUGUGAGAACUUCACAUGCUCAUCUUGGAUGACACUCAACGCUCAUGUCUGAAGCCCAGUUUUGCCAAAGCGAGGCUUUUUUGAAUCAGAGGUUCAUGGCAUUGAUAUCCAGCCAAAGCUUUAAACUGUUUUGAGUUGGUCUAUAAAAUAUUUUCUGCAACUCUCCCUACCUCUGAUUUAACCCAUUUAUGCCUAGCGUCUAGAAAAAAUGCCUUGACAUUCAGCGUAGGCCCAGAUGAGAUGCCACAUGAUGCGGCGUCUCAUUGGAGUCGGCGCUGUUUGCUUAAAGGAAUUUCUGUAAGAAAUAUUCUAAAUAUAGAAAUAAAUUAUACUAAACAUCCCUAAUUUUGGAAAUAAAUUGAUCCAAUUUAGAAGGAUGGGAGUGUCAACUAGGCAUAAAUGGGUUAAGAACGGCUGUUGUCAGUUACUGGCAUAAGUAUGUGCUCUUAGCACUAGUAAACCAGCUUACCAUAAAAGAUCGAGUAGGUUUAGUGAUCACUGUUAUAGGACUGAUAUACUUCAGCGAAAAAAUCCAAACUGUAUUUUGUUUGGUACAUUAUUUUAUUGAGCUAAUUUGAAUAUUAAUAGCCAAAUAAUAAAGCAAUAAAUACUAUCCAUGUAUUCUUUAUUGGGUUUUAAUUCAAUAAAUCAAUUAUAUCUACGAUUUGUAGAUUAUUUUAGGCUGGAGAUAUAUUGCUUUGUAUAGUGCUUCAUAAUUAAUGUAUAGAUAGUUUUUAUGGAAAUUCUGUUUUAGGGAUUUAUAGUUUCAUCUGAGGAUUUUAUUUUCUCAUUUGUUUUAUAUGGUUAUGAAACUUUAAGUCUGUUCUUUGAUUUAUUUGUGUGACAAUCAUUUUUUUAAUGUUUACACUGAAUAUUAUUUUACCAUUGUUUUGUCCCUUUGAUGACAUUGAAAAGUGGUAGUUGAUCAGUAAGUGAUAGGUAUACUGUAUUAAUAUUUUCCUAAGCCUAUGAGAAGAUGCAGACAGUUUAAGACCAGAUGGCAGUCUUCAGUUAUUCUAAUACUGUUUGCAAAGCAUGAUCUAGACAUGUAGGUGUUUUCCAUGUAUGUUAUACUUGAUGUCUAGUUUGGUUGAAGACUAAAUUAAAAAUACUGUCCUGAUAAGGGUGCUAAUAAGCAUAUUAAGAAUAUUGGAAAACUUUUUCCUCUCUUAGUUGGUAUUGUGCCCUGGGUUGAAACAAAAAUGUCCAUAUGGGUUGAAACAACAAUUGUAAUAACAAAACACAAAUGCUUUUCAUUAUGUGUAAUACAAGGACGUUUAAAUAUCAAGACUUAUUCAGUCAGAUUUAACCUUAUCUACCUCAACCAUUGAAACAAAUCUUCCUUCUCUCUCAUGUCCAUUGGCCAGUCAUUUUCACCAUUUACAUUUAUUUUCUGUGAACACUGGUACUUAAAGAAAAACAUAUUUAUAUUUAUUGUAAGUUUUGUUCAGGUUAACCAGUCAGCAUUAUUUUUGACAAAAGGUUGCUUUUAGACUUCUGCACAUGCUUUAACAGAUGAUUUAUUAUAAACCAGUCUUCUUAUUUCAUAUCGUCUUUAAAGAGAAUGUGUUUAGUUUUGCAGGCGACACUUGAUUUUCACUUAGAAGAGACUUCCUUUAAUUAAAAAUACCAUAAAAGCGAAACAUGUCGUCCCUGAUUAAAUUGUGGGUAUUACACAGGCAAAUCUGGGACAACAUUUUACACACAUGCAUUAAACCCCGUUUUCGUAGAGACAGUCUGAAUUAUAUUUUAAUGUUUCAAUUUCGUCCCAUCAGUCAGUAAAAUCAUAAUGAAAAUGUAUUUUUUUAUUAUCAUAAACAUAAUUACUGCUAUUCAGUAAAGAAAUACAAGAAUAUUUUAUGUUGAACCUAUAAUGAUUUGAUAUGAACUCAUUUUCCCUGGAAAAAUUUCACAACAUGACCCUGAAUAAACAUGUUUUAGCUUAGCUUAUCAUUUUUGUUCAAGAUCUUCUAUUUGAGUCACGUUCUGAGAAAACUGGGCUUAAUGCAUGUGUGUAAAGUGUCAUCCCAGAUUAGCCUGUGCAGUCAGCACAGGCUAAUCAGGGACAACACAUCCCGCUUUUAUGGAUUUUUUUGUUUAAAAGAAGUCUCUUCUACAUGAAAAUCAAGUUAAGGCGGAAAGUGUCGUCCCUGAUUAGCAUGUGCGCCAGUGUGCGGACUGCACAGGCUAAUCUGGGAUGACACUUUACGCACAAGCAUUAUGCCCAGUUUUCUCAGAACGCAACUCAUUUAAUGUAAUUUUACUUUCCUUUCUCUAAUACAAAUGAAGUCAUAGAACAGUUUUCCUUUGUUUAAUCUUUUCUGUUGGGUUAAUUAUCCGUGUUUUCAAGGCUUGUAUUGAUUAUGAUUGAACCCAUCUGUGACAAAAGCUGUGCAAUUUCACCUACAAGUCAUAUUGGUUGUACAUCUAAAUGGUUGUGUAUCUUUUAAAGAAUAUGUUCAUGUGUAAUAAAUAGGCAAUCAAAUGUUGUGUACCUGGUAAUACGAGUUUUCAUUGACAGUUCUUAUUUUGUCAUAUUUACAAAACAACAACAACAAUAACUAUUUAACGUAUUGAUCUUGCAUGGUAAACUUUACUUCAAUAGGAAGGUUAUUUUCGCUCAAUUUGAAAUGAAACCUCUUUAAUUAACCUUUGUCAUGGUUGUGAUAAGAGAUUAAACCCUCUGCAAGAAAUUGCAAAUACCCUGUAUAAUAAAAAAUAUUUGACAAAUGUCUGUGUGUUUUUUUCAUACCUGUGUAUUCACUCAUGAUGUUUUUUAAUUGUAUUUAGUAUAUGUACAUAGGAUAUUUAUGACCUUGUAUUAUAGUACCAUUCUACCAUAUGUGGUGUUUCAUUUAGUGGAUUUUCCCAUCAUUUUGUUGAGUGUAAUAUAUAAUACAGAUCUGGUUGCUCUCAACUCAUGUGUUAACUAUUGUCAUCUGUAUUGUGUCAUAUUGUAGGAUGUGGAGAUCUUAAAGUGGUAAUAAACCAUCAAUACUUGCAA